AAAAUCAAUUUUGUUAAUUUUGCACUACAAACGAGUCGAAAAUGUGCAAAUUCUUGCUGGCGUUCGGUGCUUUGGUGGUUUUGGCGAGUGGUGCCACGAGUGAUCCGGAAGCAGAUUUAACUGAAUAUGUCAGGCAAUUGGAAGAUACACCGAAGAUUUCAAUAGUGGAUGAUUUAAUUACUUUGGAAAAGUCACCAAUAAAGAAUUUUGGGUUUGAGGCGAGAGGUUCCGAAGAUAUUGUUGAGAGGUACGCGAGGUUCUUGGGGGAACGUCAGUUGACCAUUCGCCUACCGGAAGCAGCCAGAGGUUUACUCUCAGAUGCUAGAAGCAAAAAAAUCAGACGGGUACUCCUCCCUUUGUUGCUCCUGCUAAAACUAAAAGCUGCCAUUGUCCUGCCGAUAAUCUUAUCGAUAAUAGCGUUGGUGUCCUUCAAAGGGUUCGGGAUGAGCCUGGCCGCCUUGGCCAUAGCCGGUACCACCGCUCUGAAGAACAUCCUGGAACAUUCUGGAUCCAAUAAGUUGUCUUAUGAAGUUGUAUCGGCUCCGGUAGCGCAUCUGAGUAGAUCUGGAGUCGAUGAGAUCCCGAUAUAUCAGUGAGGGAAUAAAACAGCAGUUAGAUUUUAUUUAUUUAUUUAUUUAUUUUUGGAUUAAAUGGAUGUUUUGCAGAGUAA